AUGGAGCUGCUAUGCAUGGAUCUCCAAUCUCACUUGUGUCGAUGUAUGGAGGCUAUUGACGGAAGGGCGCGUUUUCUCGUUGACCGAUGGAUGCGUGGAAACGAUGAGGGUGGCGGUAUCUCUUGUGUACUUCAAGAAGGGGAUGUCUUCGAAAAAGCUGCUAUCAAUAUCAGUGUGAUUUCUAGCAAUCUCUCAGACUCUAUGCUAAAGCAAAUGAAAGAAAGGUGGACGAAGCUGGACGACAGACGUUCGUACAGGUUUAGAGUAGUGGGAAUCAGUUCAGUUAAUCACCCACGCAAUCCUCACGCCCCAACAAUGCAUUUCAACUACCGUUUCUUCGAGGUAACCGACGUGGAGACGGGUCAAAGCAUAUGGUGGUUUGGUGGGGGCUGUGAUCUGACGCCCUCUUUCCUCUACAAGGAAGAUGUCAAGCAUUUUCAUGGCCGUCUCAAGGCUGCCUGUGAUGCUCACAAUCCCUCCUAUUACCACGACUUCAAGAAGUGGUGUGAUGAGUACUUUUUCAUCAAACAUAGAGGUGAGGCUCGGGGUGUUGGUGGCAUCUUUUUUGAUGAUCUUGAUAGCCCAUCGCAAGAAGAAGUCUUCUCCUUUGUUCGGGAGUGUGCUGUCGCUGUGGCACCAUCCUAUUUUCCAAUCAUUGUGAAACGCAUGACUGUGCCCUACACUGAUAAGGAGAGACAGUGGCAGCUGUUGCGUCGUGGUCGCUAUGUGGAGUUUAAUCUGCUCUACGAUCGGGGCACAAAAUUUGGUCUCUUCACACCGAAUGCCAGAAUUGAGAGCAUCUUUGUCUCCAUGCCUUUGUACGCUAAAUGGGUUUACUGUGAUGAUCCUUCGAAGGAUAAAAGGCAAAUGGAGUUGUUGGACGUGUUGAGGAGACCGAGAGACUGGGCAUAG